ACUUCAAUUAUAAAUUCUUUUUUCGGUUAGCAACUUAAAACAAUAUGGACCCAAUUAGAAAUUUCCUUUUAUGCCUUUUUCCCACAAGAUCCCUACCACACUAGUUUGUGUCUUUCUUUAAAGCAAAAAAAUUGUGUUUAUUUUGUGCAACAACUACCCUUUAUAGAAGCACCUUCUCUCUCAAUUUUUCAUAGCUAUACCACCAACCAACCCUUCUAAUUUUCAUCUCUUAAUUCUUCAACUUCAUUAAUUGAAAAAAUUCAAAUAUUUUUUUUUUAUUGAUAUGGGGGCUGGUAUUUCUACCAAUGAUGAUCAUGAGGGAUAUCUUUCUUAUUCAAAGACUUGUCUUGAUGAUAUUCCAGAAAGUUGCAUCUCUUCCAUGAUGAUGAGAUUGGAUCCUAAAGAGAUUUGUAAAUUGGCUAGAGUUAACAAAACUUUUCAUAGAGCUUCUUCUGAUGACUAUGUUUGGGAAUCUAAGUUGCCACAAAGUUACAAGUUUCUUGUAAAAAUAAUUCUUGGUGAAGAAAAACUUUGUUCUAUGACCAAGAAAGAGAUCUAUGCUAAACUAUGUCAACCCAAUUUCUUUGAUGAUGGUACAAAAGAAGCUUGGCUUGAUAGAUCUAGUGGACAAGUUUGUUUGUUCAUUUCAUCAAAAUCUUUCAAGAUAACUGGAAUAGAUGAUAGAAGAUAUUGGAACUAUAUUUCUACUGAGGAAUCAAGGUUUAAAAGUGUUGCAUAUCUUCAACAAAUGUGGUGGGUUGAAGUAUUAGGAGAGUUAGAAUUUGAGUUUCCAAAAGGGAACUAUAGCAUAUUUUUCAAGCUUCAAUUGGGCAAGACCACAAAGAGAUUGGGUAGAAGAGUGUGCAAUAUUGAACAAGUACAUGGUUGGGACAUCAAACCUGUUAGAUUCCAACUUUCUACAUCUGACGGUCAGAAUUCACUCUCUCAGUGUUAUAUGAAUGGGCCUGGAGAAUGGGCUUAUUACCAUGUUGGAGACUUUGUCAGUGAGAAGGCUAAUGGGCCCAUAAACAUCAAGUUUUCUUUGGCCCAAAUAGAUUGCACACACACCAAAGGUGGUCUUUGCAUAGAUGGGGCAGUAAUUUGUCCAAAGGAGUUAGCAUAUAAGUUGAAACAAUUUUAGCUAAAGUAGUAUUCAAUAUUGUUUUUUCAAAUUAAGCACUUUUGUAAGAGAAAAAGUAGGUCUUUGUGCAAUUUUUUUGUUUAUGAAAAGGAUUUGUUGAAGAAAAAAUGUUGGAUAUUGGGACCAAACAACCUUGGAUCUUGUGUGAUGAGUGCCCCUACUUUUGUGUAGGUGUGAGUGUUAUUGCUAACUUGUAUUCCCUCCAUUCCAAAGUUUAAGUAAAAAUAGGUCAAAUAAAUUUGAUGUAUUUUGU